CGCCCAGCCCGGGAACCCCCACGCGCCGCUGGCUGGAUGGCAGCGGGAGGGGCUGGGGCUGGAGCGAGCCACACCCUGUAUUUUCCGCGCGGCGCGGCGCGCUGGCAUCAGGGGCGCGCUGUCCACGUGGUCCAUCGCGGGGGCGGGGCGGGAACGUGGGGCCGCGCGCGAGCGAAAAUCUCUCUCCGCCCCGCCCUCCUCGUAGCGGGGGAAGGAGGAAGAGCUUUUGUAAGCGGCGGCUCCUCCCAUCGAGCGCCUCGGCCCACAGGGGGAGCGGCCGCCUCAGCUUCCGGGGAGCCCCGCAGAUCUUAGCAAUGAGUUACCCAGGCUAUCCUCCGGCAGGCGGGUACCCCCCAGCAGCUCCAGGUAGUAAUCCCUGGGGUGGUUCUGGCUAUCCUCCUGCAAAUCCACCUCCAAUUGGACUGGAAAAUGUUGCCAACUAUGCCAAUCAAUUUAAUCCAGACUAUAUGUCGGGGAUGGCUUCUAAUUUGUCCGGAAUCUUUGGAGGUGCCAAUGUACCACAAACCGCAUAUCCUCCUGCACCUGGAGGCUAUCCCCCUCUCCCUCCUGGGGGCUUUGGGCAACCUCCGUCAGGACAGCAAGCCUCUUACGGAAUGUACCCCCCACCUGGAGGAAAUCCACCCACAGGAAUGCCAGCUUAUCCAGGAUACCCCGGCAGCCCAAUGCCACCACCACCACCAGGGCAGCAGCCCAUGACCUACCCAGGGCAGCAGCCAAUGACCUACCCAGGGCAGCAGCCAAUGCCACAACCUGGGCAGCAGCCAAUGCCACAACCUGGGCAGCAGCCAAUGCCAAGUUAUCCGUCAGGCCCAGCUGUGAAUCCCUCUAUGCCUUCUUAUUCAGGAUCUGUGGUGCCCACAAUCACACCUGGAGCAUCUGGAAACCGAGGCACAAUCACUGGUGCACCAGGAUUUGACCCCCUGCGCGAUGCAGAAGUCUUGAGAAAAGCUAUGAAAGGAUUUGGAACCGAUGAGCAGGCGAUUAUAGAUUGUCUUGGAAGUCGCUCAAACAAGCAAAGGCAGCAGAUCAUCCUGUCCUUCAAAACAGCUUAUGGAAAGGAUUUGAUCAAAGAUCUUAAAUCUGAGCUGUCGGGCAACUUUGAGAAGACAGUCUUGGCAAUGCUGAAGACACCUGUCAUGUAUGAUGUUUGUGAAAUAAAGGAGGCUAUAAAGGGUGCUGGCACAGAUGAAGCCUGUCUUAUUGAAAUAAUGUCUUCUCGCAGUAAUGAGCACAUUCGAGAAAUCAGUAGGACCUACAAAACAGAAUUUAAGAAAACUCUGGAGGAAGCUAUACGAAGUGACACAUCUGGACACUUCCAGAGGCUUUUAAUCUCACUUUCUCAGGGAAACAGAGAUGAAAGUACAAAUGUAGACAUGUCACUUGUCCAAAGGGAUGUUCAGGAGCUCUAUGCUGCUGGAGAGAACCGUCUAGGGACUGACGAGUCCAAGUUCAAUGCCAUUCUGUGUACCAGGAGCAGAGCUCACCUCAGGGCAGUUUUCAGUGAGUACCAGCGGAUGUGUAACCGUGAUAUCGAGAAGAGCAUAUCUCGUGAGAUGUCUGGGGACCUCGAAAGUGGCAUGGUGGCAGUAGUUAAGUGCAUGAAAAAUACACCAGCUUUCUUUGCAGAAAGACUCCAUAAAGCCAUGAAGGGAGCGGGAACAAAAGACAGGACUCUGAUUCGAAUUAUGGUGUCGCGCAGCGAGGUUGAUUUGCUGGAUAUACGGACUGAAUACAAGCGGAUGUAUGGCAAAUCCCUCUACGCGGACAUCACAGGUGAUACUUCAGGAGACUACCGGAAAAUCCUGCUCAAAUUGUGUGGUGGAAAUGACUAAGUGGAGCUUGCUGCUUUUCUGUUAUUGCGUUAAAAUAUCAAUGUUGGGUUUGGUUUCUUUGUUUUCCAAAAAACCAAACAGGCCAUGAAUUGUUUUCCUAAAGCUACUAUGUGUAAAACUAACUCUCUAUGUGUAAAACUAACUCUCUAAAACUUCUCCUUUCCAUCCAAAAAUGUAUAAUAAACACAAGAAAAUCUAGCUAUUGUAGAAACUGCUCAGGAUUUUUUAAAAUCACUUUCUAGUUAAUGAAUAACAGAUUAUUAUUUCUGCUUGCAUCCUUGGCUACAAUUUUGUUUCCUGGUUUAAAAAAAAAAUCAGUCUUGUUGAUUUAAAGGUGGGGAGGAUUGGGGGUUUUGUUUUGGAUGCUUUUUCUAUGGACAUUUUGAGUCUUUUUUUCACAUGCAAAUUUUCUCAUAUUUGUUGGACACAGUGUUUUUGUGUGCGUGAAUGAAACCACCCUCACUUUGUUUUGCAUCUAAUUAUAUUGUUUUUUUAAAGAAGUUUUACUAAAUACUUUUUUUAAGGAAGACCUGCUCUGCUCUUUAUGCUUCACUGCAAAGAUCACAAGAAUGUAGAAUCCAUAUCAAUUCAGCCUCUCCAGUUAAUAUUUUUGGAUCGUGCCUUAAAAGCAAUGCAUAAAUCUAAGCGGAUUGUAAAAUUAAAGCCAUAUAUCUUUUAAACCACCCACAACAGCUUCCUUUUGUUUUUAAUAUCAUCCUACAUUUUUUGUGUUGUGACUCAGUUAAACCAUGUUACUUGGGACUUGGAUGGAAACAUUCUGCUGGAACUGAUUAAGGAUUAUCCACAAACAGAACUGUUUUAGCCAAUGACAGUGCCUUGCUAAUUGUGCAUAGCUAUUCUGUUUUUCUUUACUUAUGCAAUUUCCCGCACGCUGAUUAGAUGUGGGUGUUUGACUUGUUUAAUCAAUGCUCUGUUUUUUCUCAGUAGGCAAGUACCAAAUAUGCAUAUCUCUCUACUCUGAUUCUUCUCUUCUAUGAUUGGCUCCUGUAGCUCUCUGAAUGGUCAGAUCUUUUGCCACAACAUGAAUGCCUCUUCAUCUUGUCACUCUCAAAGAAAGAAAAUGCCAAAAUUUUCAAGACAGUAGAAGGUGAGGGAAAGGGAAAGAUUUAGAGAAAAUGCAAAGCCCUGUUCACUGAUUUCAUUCCUUCCACUUUUAUCUACUAAAACUCAGCCAGGUGCCUGUUCCUGUUGUAAAAAUUACAUUGUUUACACUGGGAGAAGCCUAGGCCUUCCAAAUUCAGGUUUGAAACAACAUGUAAGCAAAUACCUAUUGGUGGUGUUCUGGGGAGAGGAGCCUGCCUGAGUCCUAGGGAUCGGACAGGAGGCAAAUGACUUCAAACUUUUUUUUUUU